AUGUCAUCUGAAACUUCCGGUAUAUCGGUUCUCAAUGAACAAAGCAUAAAGGAAAGCUUAUUGCAGGAUCCAUUGUUGUUCAGAAAUAAGAGCGGGGAUUCUGUUGACUCAAACAGUAAUGAACUGCUGUCUUUCGAAUCUGUAAUGAAUAAAGAUACUGCAUUGGUAGCUGAAUUACAUGAUUUGAACUCAUUGAAACAAAUUAGUGAUUUGAUUUUGGAAUUUAAUGCAAAUUGGGAAUAUAUUGAAGUAGAAAAUUGCUAUUAUUCUCUUUUGAACCUAAGAAAGAAGCUGAAACAGAACGACACAGUUCUGGCAAAACAAAAUAUCAGAUUUCAACAGUCAGUUAUAACAUACGUUGAAUCUUUACAUUUGAAAUUAAUAGAGAAAGUUUCUGAUUUGUUAACAGAAAAGUUUUGGAAUAUAACAUCCAAUUCAGUAGUAUACAAUGCUUCUGUAGAGUUAAAUAACGUAAAAUUCGAAUACAAACCGUUUCUGGAGUUUCUCUCAAAUGAACUAAUAAUAGAAAAUGAUAAUAUACUAGAUUUGAAUAAUUGGUUUAUUAAAGACAUGUCGCUAGGGGAAUUGCAUAACAUGGUCAGAAAUAAAAUGAAGAUAAUUCUUAACGAUUACCUUCAUUUUGAAUUACUUCUUAAUAAAUUAAAAGAAGCUCUAUUCAAUUCCAAUAUGAAGUUUGAUUACGAUGUUAACAAUAGAAAAUUAUCAUGGGAGGAGAAUUAUCAUGAUGUAAAAUCUAAAGAUAAACUUGAGAGCUUAACUAAUAUCGUGAACUAUAUGAAUACUGAGUUAUCUGAACUUAAUUCAAAAUUAAUAGAAAAACUAAGUCCACUUGUUGCUAAUGAAUUUACGAAGUUGGUUAAGGGAAAUAUUUCUGAGAUCGUCCAAAAUGAAAAUUUAUCUACUACUGUAUUAACGUUAAAUGAGUCCAUAAAUAAUUUGAAGAGUUUCACUCAAACAGCAAGUUGGUAUUUCGAUACUGCAGUGAUCAAUGAUUUAUUAAAAAGCAAGGAAGUUUAUAAUAAUCUCAUACUUGAUCAAAUUCUAGAAAGUCAUCUAGAACAGUUAAGGAAUAUUUUCAAAAAUAAACACUCAAACACAAAAUGGAAUGAACUAUCAGAGUGUGAUAUUGGCAAGAUAGCGAUGAAGAACAAUGCAUCUAUCGCUAAAACAGAAAAAAGUACAAAAGAUAUUAUUAAUCUAAAUAAGGAAGAUGAUUGGGACUGGAAUGAUGGAAAUGAUGGUUGGGAUAACGAAAUUGAUGCUGGGAGCUUAAAUUCAACUCCAAAGAUACCAAACGAUAAUACUUGGGAUGAAGCUUGGGAUGUGGAAGUUGAUGUGGAGAUAGAUGACGAAGAGAAUACAAGUGCAAAUCAAGCAACAAAUUUACAUAGUAUAUUCGUUACUCAGUUACCAUCUUUAUUCAUCAACAUCGCAUGUUCUUUCCAGAAGGAAGCUGAAAAAAUAAGUGAAAAUAUUACUACUGAGGAAUAUUUUAAAUUUAAAUUCAAUGUAUUACAAACAGCAUUGCUGGCAAUUGCACAAGUUCAUUAUUCUGGAAAAUGGUGGCAGCUAUUCAUUGAUAUAAGAUAUAUUAUAAACAGUGAUCAAAAGUUUCAGAGACUAGAAGAAUUGAACUUGAGAUUCAUAGAUAAUCAUCUCAACAUGGAAAAGAAGCAAGUUUACAACAUUGUAACUAGCUUGUUGUCGUCAUUAGACUCUGACGAAAAUAUUAAAUAUGCAAGUAAAGAAAUUAACCAUUUGUUAGGGAUGAUUAAAAAGAAUAUAUUUAUUCCGUUGUGUAAGAUUAAAGGUUUAGAGCACGAUUCUAAUGUUCUUCAAUUCAUUCAUUUUUUUUAUUUUGAAUGCAUUGUUAACACAAUCUCUAAAUGGAAGAUUAUCUCUGAAAGAAACUCACAUAAUUUAUCCGAAUUGAUAUCAAUGAUAUCGACUGGCUUAGAAGUUGAACAAACCAUUAGGGACCAACCAAAAUUUAGAGAAAUGAAUGAGAAAUUUGUCAUCACAGGCAAAAUUUUAAGAAGUCAUUUAAAAGAAAUAAUGAAUAUGUUCUACGAUGGUGAUUUCUACUUGUUUUCCACUGAUGAAAUCAUUCAAUGGAUUGUCUUAUUAUUUGCAGACACUCCGUUAAGAAGAGAUGCGAUUAAUGAUAUUCGUGACAUCAGAAAUGCUCAAUUAGACGAAGACUAA